UUGGGCGUGACGGCAUCGGCCGUCUCCACGUCCCUGUACACGGUGGACGGCGGGCAGCGGGCGGUCAUCUUCGACCGCUUCCAGGGCGUGCUCCCCACGGUGGUCUCGGAGGGCACCCACUUCCUCAUCCCCUGGCUCUAGAAGCCCUCCAUCUUCGACAUCCGCACACGCCCGCACAGCUUCUCCUCCAACUCCGGCACCAAGGACCUGCAGAUGGUCAGCCUCACGCUCUGCGUCCUCGCCCGCCCCGACGUCGACCGCCUCCCCGAGAUCUUCACCUCCCUCGGCCUCGACUACGACGAGAAGGUGCUCCCCUCCAUCGGCAACGAGGUGCUCGAGGCACCCCGGAUGGCAAGGACAGCGCCGGUGACGCGCUCCACCCCACGACGCCCGACCUGGCGCAGGGCGCGCGUGCACCGCGCUCGAGGACAGCAUUCCAUCGAGCAGCUGCUGUGCAGCCUCCACCGGUGGUGUGCCGCGGCGUGGCGCGGAUGGCGACGGCCUCCAGCAGGGGAACGGCGGCGUGGCGCGCAGCGGCGGCGGCCACGGUCUCGCGCGGUGGCGGCGCAUCGGCGGCGGGCAACGGAGCCGGAGAAGGGGAGGGAGGCGACGGGGGCGGGGGCGGCGCACACAUACCUGCAGAGGCGCGCGCGGAGAGGAGCGGGCGGCGGCCGACUGCGAGGCUUCGACGGCGACGGCGAGGAUCGGCGCGGCGGGGUCUAUGUGCGUCGACGACGGCGACGGCGACGAGCGGCGCGGCGGGGUCUCGUGCAUCGAGGAGAGGAAGAAACGGGGGAUUUGGGGAAAUUUGGCUGCGCGGCUAAGUGUAAUACAGGGGAAGACCCUUUCGUACCGGUUGGUAUCACCAACCGGUACUGA